AUGUUUUCUUUAUGCCUUUUCCAUUUUUCUCUUUUUUCUUCGUUUAUUUUGUCUUAUUUAUUUAUUUCGUAUCUUUAUUCUCUUACUCUUCUUUCCUUGCCUUCUUUACGUCAGGCUUUUCUUUUCUUACUGAUCUCUUUCUAUCUGCAAUUUUUCUUUCUUUUUCCUUUCUUUCUUUUCUUCUAUUUACUUUGUCUUUUUUUUAUCGUUCUCUUUUUCUUCUUCUUUCAUUUCGUGUUUCAUUCUUUCUUUCUUUCUUUCUUUCUUAGCUUUCCUUCCUCCAUUUCUUUCUAUCUUAUAUAUAAUCUGUUUCUCUUUCAUCUAUUUUUUCUUUCUUUCUUUUUCUUUCAUUAUUUUUCUCUAUCUUUCUUUCUUGUUCCUUUUCUUCAUUCCCACCUUCCUGGUCUCUCUUGGAUUCUUUUUUACCUUUUCUUUUUUUUUCUUUUUUUCUUUCUUUUUUGUUUGCUAUUCGUUUAUUUCUCUUCUUUCUUUAAUACUUUUAUCUUUUUAUUUCGUUUUUUUUUCUUAAAUUCUGCCUUCAUUAUUUCAUUUUUAAUCUUUAUUUAUUCAUGUUCUAUUUGGUAUUUUGGGGGUUUUUUGUUUUGUUUUUUUUGUGUUUUUUGGUGGGGGGUUGUAUUCCUUCCUUUCUUCCUUUAUUCUUUCUCAUGCUUCGUUUUUCUUUCUUUAUUUUCCCGCUUUAAAAAUAUUUUCUCUACUUUCAAUCAUAAUCACUAUGCCGUUCUAUUGCCGUUCUUUAUACACCGAUGUCACUGA